CCGGCCCCGCCUGGGCUCUCGCGAGAUCUGGGCUGUGGGAGGAGGAGGAAGAGGAGGACGGGGAGGAAGGAGGAGCUGCCGCCGCCGCCGCUCCCCCGGGCCGGCGCCGGGGAUGGUGUUGGCCGCGGCUGCCGGGCCCUGACGCCGCGCUCAGGUGGAAGCAGCAGUGAUGCUAACUCUGGCAAGCAAGCUGAAGCGGGAUGACGGCGUCAGAGGCCCCCGUGCGCCCAGCGCAGCGUCGGACUCCACUCGCAGGGUGUCUGUCCGGGACAAGUUACUCGUUAAAGAGGUUGCAGACCUUGAAGCUAAUUUACCUUGUACAUGUAAAGUGAAUUUUCCUGACCCAAACAAGCUCCAUUACUUUCAGCUAACUGUAACCCCAGAUGAGGGCUAUUACCAAGGGGGGAAGUUUCAGUUUGAAACUGAAGUUCCUGAUGCCUACAAUAUGGUGCCUCCAAAGGUAAAAUGUUUGACAAGAAUCUGGCACCCAAACAUUACAGAGACAGGAGAAAUCUGCCUAAGUUUAUUGAGAGAACACUCAAUUGAUGGCACUGGCUGGGCCCCAACUAGAACCUUAAAGGAUAUUGUCUGGGGGUUAAACUCUUUAUUUACUGAUCUUUUGAAUUUUGACGAUCCUUUGAAUAUUGAGGCUGCAGAGCAUCAUUUGCGUGACAAGCUUCAGCAGCUCCUGUAGCUGUUGCUGGAGGCCUGGGAAAGCAGGGAGUGAAACGCAGGGAUUGGCAUGCAGGAGGAGAGCUUCACCUGCAGACAGCAUCCACAGGGAAACAUGGAUCAGCCCAGUAUUUUGAGCAGGCACCUGCAGUGAGAGAUCUUUGCUUCCAAAACAGAUAUGUCAGCAAAGGUAGGGGGUAAAACACUCACAGAAAUAGCAAGGUGGGAAACACUUCUGGAUUUUGCUUAUGGCAUCAGAAGGAUUCUCUUACUCUCGAGUCAAAAACUCAACAGGUUGCUGUGACAAAGUAGUUCUUGCUGCAGAGGCACCCUGGUGCUGUCAGCAGUUCCGUCCUUCAGGAGGAGGGCUCACAGUCCCCAUUUCUGGGCUGUCACCAUGGAUGGCUCCCCACUCAUGCCAGGAAGCUGCUGCUGUGCCCAGGGCAGGGCAAAGCCAGGGUGCUGCUCAGGGGAGCCAGGGAAAGCUGUGUCAGGUACCAGCAGCCCUGCGAGCACAGAGCUGCAGCCAUCAAAGCCAUCCCUGCCUCCCAGAACAAUCCUGUCUCCCCCUUCCCUGUACUGUUGCUUGCCUGGAGGAGAUGAGCAGAAUAAUAAAGUUUGGAUGCUGUUAAAUACUGUACAAGAAGGUCUGAGCAUUGGUUUGUGCUCAUCCAGGACACGGGGAGGGUGGGAAUCCUGGAGCUCAUCACGUGGCAGUCCAGGGAAAUGAAUUUUUCCUGAAGGUGAGGAGACUGGGGGGGUUAUGUAUUUACAUAAAUAUGUAUUUGUUUGUGUGUAUUUUUAUGUGUAUUUGUAUAGGUGCA